AUGUAUUUCAGCAGGAUAGUUAGAAGAAUAAAAAAAGAAAGGGCCCAGCUUAGAAUACUUGUGCUCGGCCUGGACAAUGCAGGAAAGACAACUGUUCUACAUAAGAUCCUCUCCAAACCAAUAGAAGAUGUGCGCCCGACCUUUGGAUACAAGAUCUAUGACGUUAGCUAUAAAACGGUUAAUCUUGUAAUCCUCGACAUAGGAGGGCAGUCUAUGUUUAUAGAAUACUGGUCGAGCUACUAUGAGGAUGUUGACGGCGUUGUAUUUGUGUUUGAUUCGAGUGAUAGCAGGUCGUUUAUUGAACACAUAGGGCACAUAAGAUCCACUCUACCCAGCACGCCUAUGCUGAUACUGGCAAACAAGUCGGACCUCAAUCCUAUGUUUGAUCCUAACCAGUUUGGAAAAGAUUUCAGCGAACUUCUUGAGAAGGAAGAUGUAAGGCUCAUUAAGUGCUGUGGGAUAAGGGGAGACGGAUUAGAAUCAGGGUUUGAUUGGAUGGUAGGCAAAGCAACGGAAAAGCUUGUAUUAGAUGAGGAAGUAAAGAAGAGGAUGUAG